CCGCUAUCUCUAUUCGCUGCGAAGGAUGGAGCUUUAGCGGACAAAGCACACUAGCAAUUCAAAUGGUAUUAAAUAUUCGUUUCAAAGUGAUUUUAAAAAAACGAUACGUUGUGGUCGAGUUAUAAAAUUAAAAGAAUUUAUUUCAAAACGUUUUAAGCUUCAAAGCAACGGCAUAUCGGAAAUCAGGAACCAUAGGAUCCAACCCACAAACAGCAGCACACAUUCUCAAAGACUCCUCUCAGUAUCACCAAGACUGUAAGGAAACAAAAGUGUAUGGAACAUGGAGUGAAUGCAAGUGAAACUAAAUGAGAUGAAUAGAAAGUCAAAUCAUUCAUGAUCUCGGAAUUGAAUAACUGAGCACAUUGUUUCUAAAACAUUUUGCAUAACAAAACCGUCUGCAUUUAGACAGCAUCAAUAAGUAAACAACAGAACCUUGAGACUCGUGGAUUACUGUCUGAGUCUGACUGGAACCUGGGGAGACUGUCCAUUUAGGCUAACUGGUCUGUUGUACUGAGUGAAGGACCGUGUAAACGCUAUUGACACCUAUCAUGGGUUUCAUUGCAUACCUGAAGACUCAAUUCAUCCUGCACUUGCUUAUAAGCUUCGUGUUUGUAGUGAGCGGACUCAUCAUUAACUUCAUCCAGCUAUGCACACUUGUCCUCUGGCCAGUCAACAAACAGCUGUACCGCAGAGUCAACUGCCGCCUCUCCUACUCCCUCUGGAGCCAAUUGGUGAUGUUGCUGGAGUGGUGGUCAGGAACCAAGUGUACCCUGUUCACUGACCAGGCCACAGUCGACAAGUUUGGGAAGGAGCACGCCAUCAUCAUUCUCAAUCAUAACUUUGAAAUCGACUUCCUGUGCGGCUGGACCAUGUGUGAGCGAUUUGGCGUGUUGGGGAGCUCCAAAGUCCUUGCAAAGCAGGAGCUGUUGAAAGUGCCACUGAUUGGUUGGACGUGGUACUUCUUGGAAAUUGUGUUUUGCAAAAGAAAAUGGGAAGAGGACAGAGACAAGGUCAUCAGUGGACUGAAAAACCUUGCUGACUAUCCUGAGUGCAUGUGGAUCCUCCUUUACUGUGAAGGGACGCGCUUCACAGAGAAGAAGCACCAGAUAAGCAUGCAGGUUGCAGAGUCCAAAGGCCUCCCAAAACUGAAACACCACCUACUACCACGGACCAAAGGAUUUACUACCACUUUGCAGUGUUUAAAAGGAACAGUUGCUGCAGUUUACGAUGUAACCCUCAAUUUCAAAGACAAGAAGAACCCCUCUCUAUUAGGAAUCCUACAUGGAAAGAAGUACGGGGCAGACAUAUGUGUCAGGAGGUUUCCUGUUGAAGAUAUUCCAGAGGAUGAAAAGGAGAGCGCAAACUGGCUCCACAAACUUUAUCAGGAAAAGGACGCGCUACAGGACCACUAUCAGAAAGAGGGCACUUUCCCUGGCCCCCAGAUCAAGCCCCCCCGGAGGCCCUGGACUCUUCUCAACUUCCUCUUCUGGGCCACAGUCCUGCUGUCUCCUCUCAUUAACUUUGCCAUUGGAGUGGCUGUCAGUGGCUCCCCUCUUCUCAUUAUUGGAUUCAUCCUUUUUAUUGGAAUAGCAUGCUUUGCUGUGAGACGGCUCAUAGGAGUGACAGAGAUCGAAAAGGGCUCCAGCUAUGGCAACCAGGAAGUCAAGAAGAAGAAUUAGAGCACUUAGAAAUUAAAUUAAAUGUUCUUUUUUAUUCAUUUAGAGGGAAAGGUAUGGAGAAAAUAGUUAAUAAAUAGUGCUAAGAAUAAUACAAUUAAUUGUGAUACUGAUGGAAGGGGGUCUACAGCUGUUAAAAAAAAAUCAGUUGGAAGAAAUCUGAAAGUUCAUUGCAGAUACAACUUGAAGGGAAGGUGGUUGGAAACUCCAUGCAAGGCACAGCAGUUAACUAAGCAUUGUAUUCUACUUCUGUCUCAGUAAAACAUUUUUUAAAAAACAUAUAUAGGGUACUAUUUUCGGUUCUGAUCCAGAAUGUUUCUGUGGAAAAACAGAUUAGUUCUGUUGCUGUCCGUAUGGUGAUGUGGAUCAACCAUAGAAGCAGCCCAUUCUUUCUGUCAUAAACUUUCAGGCUCAAAAUCUGCAGAACACUAUCUGAAACUAAUUAAUUUAGUGUAGUUUUGUUUAGUGUUCUUCAAAAUAAGCUGGCAAUGUACUAAAGGAGCAUGGUUGCUUUCAUUCCUGAAAUUUGCUAUACUGCAAGGAUCUUACUUGAUUCUUGAGAACAAGUUAGUAUUAAGGUUAUAUUAGCCCCCAUUACUGUUUAAUUUUAAUGUUUUUUUGUGUUGUGUUAACAUUAGACUGCUUCUUGAGCAUCUCUUCCUCUUUAGUUGUUUCAAGUCAUUCUUCAUAUUGAUAUGUCUCAUCAAGUGAAAGUGUGAGUCCACUUACCAAUUCCCUGUUCCCUUGUAAACUCUGGAAAUGUUACAAAUAGAAGUUAGGCAAAGAGAUUGUAGUUUUGCUGAAUUUGGUAAUAUUCUUAGUCUUGGUUCUUUAUUAAUGAAACACAAGACUGGUUAUUCCACAACAGCCUGAGGAAAUUGAGUAAACACAUAUCUCUUUUGAAUAUAAUAGUUGAUGGGAAAAUGCAAUUAUUUACAUGACUGUUCAUUUCACUCCUUACUGUAAUUCUGCAGUUAACCUCCCCCUGUAGACUUUGGUGAAAUGUUACUCCAGGACCAGCAUUUUGUGAAAUAUUUGUAGAAAGGUUUAAUUGAGCACUGAAGAAGAGUGAAAUAUAUAAUAUAUUCUAUAAUCACAGGUGUUAUCUAUCAUGCUAUCAGGUUAAAUCCAUUUUUUAGCAGAAUCCCUACAUGUGGCCAUUCAGUCCCUACAACUGAAGCCAACUGGUCCCUCCACAAUCAUGUUCUGAUUUGAGUAUUUUUUAUGAUGUGCUUUCUUUUAAGAUACAGUUGCUAAUUAAUUUGUCCAGGAGGUGACUGAUGGGAUCUGUUGAUUUCAUGAUGUGAUUUUUGCAGGAUGUUAAGCUGUAUUGCACUGUUCUUGCCUGUGGCUGAAAAAUGGUCUGAAUGAGUCAUACAGAAUGUAUGAAUGUGUUGGUAGGAUCCAAAAUCACAAGUUCAUAUUGUCUGUAAAAAACAGAAAUGUGAAAUGAAUAACUCUUUGUUUAGGAAGGGGUUAUAUAGUCAUAACUGAAAGUUUGUGAACCCUUCAAGGUAUUCAUUAUUUUAUAUAUUAUAGAGCUAUUAUAUGAACCUGAACUCUUAAUAAAUAUAUCAAAUGAAUAUCCUAAAUAAAAACUUCCCACACAUAAAAAGGGAUUUGAACUCAUAGAUUAUUAGACUGAUAUUUAACAAAUCACCAGAUAUUCUUGUGUGCAAAAGUAAAUUUCAGUCAGUAACCUCCUUUAGUAGCAAUAACAGUUGCUUCCUAUAAUAAAUUAUCAGUCUCUGACAUCUUGCUGGAGGGAUUUUUUCCCACUCCUCUUUACAAAACUCCACCAGCUCUGUAAGGUUUGAAGGAUGUCUUGCAUGAACAGCCCUCUUCAGGUCCUGCCACAGCAGUUCAAUAGGAUUCAGGUCAGGGCUUUGGCUUGGCCAUUCCAGAACACGGAACCUCUUCUUCCUAAGCCAGUCUUUAGUGGACUUGAAUGUUUAGGAUCAUUGUCUUGUUGAAACAUCCACUUUGUGCCCAGCUUACAUUUUCUAACUGAUGGCCUGACAUUCUUCUCAAGAAUUCCUUGAUAUUUCUCAGAAUUCAUGAUUCCCUCAGUGAUGUCAUGUUCCCCAGUGCCAGAGUAAGAAAAGCAGCCUCAUACAAGGACACUCCCACCACCAUGCUUGACAGGAAGGAUAAGGUUUUGUCGGUGGUAGGCUGUAUUGGCUCUUCGUCAAACAUGGGCCCUCUUGUUAUGUCCACAUAUGGUUCAAUUUUGGACUCAUCUGUCCAGAGAACAUACUUCCAGAACUCAACAAGCUUGUUCAGGUGGUCUCUGGCAAACUUCAGACAGGCAGCUUUGUUAUUUUUUAACAGAAGAGGCUUCUUCCUGGGGACCCUUCCAUAGAUGGCAUUUCUGUUUAGGGCUCUUCUUAUUGUUGAUCUAUGCACCACUACUCCAGAAGCAGCUAGGGAGGCUUGUAGCUCUCUGGAUGUUAUUAUAGGAUUACCUCUUACCUCUUUUAUUAUUCUCCUUGUGGUCCUGGGUGAAAAUUUAGGUAGACGUCCACUUCUUAGCAGGGUUGCCAUUGUUUUAAAUGCCCUCCACUUGUAUACUAUUUGCCCAACAGAGGAUUUAUGGAGUCUGAAUCUUUUUGAAACGGCUAUAUAACCUUGUCCAGAUUGAUGAGCCUCUACUACUUUUUUCCUAAGUUCUGCUGAAAUUUCCUUAGCUUGUGGCAUGAUUCUAGACUCGUAGGAAGAGAACUGACCUGCUUUCUUGCAGCUAUUUAUGUUUGCUCCUCCCUAACACAUCAUUUCAGAUGUUCAAUUUCUUUGGUUAUCUCGGUUAAUUGGUUAACACUCUGUCAUUGACCCAUCUGAUCCUCCUUUACCUUGAAGUAAGUCAUAAAACUAAGGGUUCACUUAUUUGUGUGCCUGCACAAUUUGUGUAUACUGUGUUAAUAACUGUGUUAUUUUUGCUGCUUGGACAUUUUCUUUCUAAACACUCAAAUUGGUGAAUAAUUAUACUUCAUUUCAAUUAAGAAGUGACAAAUUCUGAUUAAAUAUGCAUUUUGUGGUAAAAAAAAAACAAACAAAAAAAUCUCAAAUUAUGUAAUGGGUUCACAAACUUUCAAGCAUGACUAGGUCUAGACUUUCUUGAAAGCAGCCAGAGUGAUCUAUCAUGGAGUGGAACUCUAUGCAGUUCCAGCUCCACAAACAUCCUGUGCUAUGGACUAUAAGAUGGUGCUUAGAGGCAAAUGGUGUAAUUACUGUAGAUUUGUUAACAGCCCCAGAUGUGAGAUUGUGUGCUGGUUAUUAUCCUUCAGCUUGAUCAGCUGGGAUCUCAUAAAAUAGAAGAAAAAUAUUAAUUAUUUUUAAAUAAGAGGGAAAUCGAAGAUAAAAAUAUUAUUAGUAGAUUGUGUUUGCCAGAAUCUUUAUAGGAGUUCUUAAUAUGGGGAUAAUGAGCAAAGUAAAGGCCAUUCCCUCAUUUCAAACAAAGCUCUGAACUGGAGAUUGUUCCAGUCUGCCUCAUGAAUUCUGAGCUCUGGCACUCUUAAAUAAAAAAUCUUUAAUAAUAAUUUAGUUUCAUCUGAGAAACCAGUGUAACUGACAGCUUUUAAUGCUGUUCUUCAGCAAGCUAAAGCAAAUUUUAUAUUUGCUUCAAUAAAAAGUCCCUUUCCUUUCUGAAUUUGGAUUUGUAUUUGUUCCUUCUCUAUGUGUUUGGAAUCUGUUUCCCAAAGUAGGGGCUGACACCAUUUCGUUGUCUUGAUGUCUUUUUUACCUGUCCCAUUGUUGUUUUCAUCCUGAUGAAAAAAGGUGAUUUUUUUCCCUCCUUGACCAAGAGCAAAAUGAAUUUUGGAUUUGGAAACAGUGUUCCUUUAUAAUGCCCUUUUCAUGAGCACACAGUGAUGUUAAUAAUGUUUUUAUCUUAUCAUUAACUUAACUGCUUUCUCUGUAGUUUGUUUAUAUUGGAGUCAGGGUAUCUAUAAUUCAAGAUGAAAAAGCAUUUUAAAAUAUUUAAAAUAGACCUUGCUGUCUAUUAUGAAGUCAAAUUAUGAAUAAUCCUAGAAAAGUCAAAGUAGGCAAACUAUUGCUUGUUUAGUUUUAUCUGUCAUUUCCAAACUGUCUGUCCUACUUUUCUGUCUACGUCUCUGUGGAGAAUUUUGCGUCUGUUGUGGAACUGUGGUUUUAGUUUCUAAUUAUUUUCAUCUAAGAUGUGCUUGCCAAAAUGAGUAACCUGCAUCUCUAAUAAAUUAAUGUGCAAGCCUUAUAGAUUGUCUUGGGAGGUUCUAAUAAACCAGGGCACUGAUAGCACUGAUCUCACAUUACUGUUUUGUUGGUGAUUUCCAGUUGAAAGAAAUUCUCAGCAGUACAGAACACCAUGGGUGCUUUUGGUUUUUGAAUAGAUACAGUGUUGUGAAACACUGUUUUUUAGAACAUGAAUAAAACAACUGGAAAACAGUAUACAGUAGGUUAAUAAGAACAUAAAGUAGUAAAUAACUCCCACAGUUUGUUUACAUGUAUAAUUUCAUACACUGGUGAUUCAUUGUAAUUCAAAUCAUCAACAAAGGAACUGUCAUUCUACAUUUUUGGUGGGGUACACUACAAUUGUAUUUAUUCCUAUACAGUAAAUGGGACAGUAGGCUAUUGUUCAUCAGGCUGCUUUUAAUUUAAGCAGCUAGCUGACUGGUGAGCUGAUUUCCCCUUUGCCUCUAAACUUUAUCAUCAGUGUAGUGGAACUCACUAGCUUUCUAGUGUAUGGUUCACCUCAUGCACUUUAUACUUGGAUAUUUGCAUUUUGACUGUCUUGUGUUUUUAAGGAUUGGAUGAGACUUUUGUUUGGUUAAAAGAAGGGCAUUGCACUCCAACUGAGAGAUCAGUGCACUGAAUAGAACUAGUGUCAGAGCACAGUUGUGUUUAAUAUAUAAAACUAAUACUGUGAAUAUGUGAAGAAACUGGCUAGGUAGCUAGUAGUUAUACAUUUUUGUAGAUAUUUUUCUUUACUACAGUUGGUUGUGUUUUCACUCUCAAUAAUAUGGUCUUAUUGAUAUUAGAAUAUCAACUCAUAGCUGUGUGUUUUCAGGGUAAUGUGCAACUGAACUGAUAGGGGGAGAAACUGAGGUACAUAGAAGAAAUAUUAACACAUAAAUACUGCAUAUCUGGCAGACUAUUAAAAAAAAUGUGUUAGGAGAUUUAUUAUGGAUAACAUCCAGGCAGUGAACCAAAACAAAAAACAAAGUACAGUACAGAAAAGAGUGGAAAAUGCAAGUUAAGAGUAGGUAUGGUGAAAUUUUACUAUUGUUACAAUUGUUGUACCACACAAAUGAUUUUCACAUUACAAACAGGAUCAAAUGAAAGUCUAAGGAAGUGCAAGCAGAUCUGUUCCAGAUCAUAAGGACGUGUGUUAUAAAGCUAGAAAGAAUUUAAUCUUUUUAUUCUUCCUUAAUAGUGUCUACAGAAUGUAUCUCUAGUUUUGUUUAUAUUUUUAAAGAUAAUAAAUAAGUUGAUCCCAAA